AUGUCACACCUGAACCUAAUUGGCCACAAGAAGAGAAAGAGAGGAUUGAGGGUUUUUAGGUUCAAGAGCUUUGGUGAGCCUGGAUACCCGAUUGAAUUUGUUGGGCCAUUCCGGGAAAAUGUUAAAGCCCUCCUGGAAUUUGGUCAUUUGGAGAGUAACUCAUAUUGUGAAAUGCCCAGCUGGUCAUUUCAGCUUGAACUCCAUCGCCACCCUCCCUUCCAUAUACUACUGCUUAUCAUUGAAGAACCGGUUGAAGCAUCCCUCGAUCGUCACUGCAAGCAUUGCCAAUACAUAGGCUGGGGACAUCAUAUGAUUUGCAAUAAGAAGUAUCACUUUUUAUUGCCUUCCAAGGACACAGUAACUGCAUUUUUGAACUGCGAAGGCAACUCUGAUAAUGGGGCUGGUACAGCAAAUGGAAAGUCAAAUUUAAUGGAAUUACAGGGCCAUAUCAUGCAUGGUGUCUUUCACUCUAAUGGUUUCGGGCAUUUGCUAUGUGUUAAUGGGGUUGAAAUGGGUUCGGACUUGGCUGGACACCAGAUCAUGGAAUUCUGGGAUCGUUUAUGCACUGGGUUGAGAGCAAGGAAAGUGAGUUUGAAUGACAUUUCACAGAAGAGAGGCAUGGAAUUAAGGCUACUACAUGGAAUUGCAUACGGAGAGCCGUGGUUCAGGCGCUGGGGUUACAAGUUCGGGCGUGGAACAUUUUGUGUUACUCAACCAAUGUACCAAAAAGCCAUAGAAGCAAUUCAAGGCUUGCCCUUAGGUUUAUUAGGCUAUCACUUUGGCACUUCCAACCGUGACAUUCCUAUUAUUUUCUCAAGGUAUCAAACAUUAUCAGACCAUUCCUUGGUCACACUCGGUGACUUGUUCCAUUUCAUGUUUGAGCUCAAGUCUCGUCUUCCUAAAGACAAUUGUAUCAACACGUACAAUCAGGGAAUCUUGGUGGAAACUACUUGUAGAUGGUCUCCUAAGAGAGUUGAAAUGGCCACUCGGGUCAUCGUUGAAGCUUUGAAAAGGGCUGAAUUCCGUUGGGUUUCAAGGCAAGAAGUUAGGGAUGCUGCUCGUGUUUAUAUCGGCGACACGGGUUUACUAGACUUUGUGCUAAAAUCAUUGGGAAAUCACAUAGUUGGAAAUUACUUGGUUCAUCGCAGCUUGAAUCCAGUGACAAAAGUUCUUGAAUAUUGCUUGGAAGACAUCUCCAAUGUGUUACCUAAUCAAGAAGGCUUGGUUAUGACCAAUCCCAAAGUUAAGGCAAGGUACAAGAUUAAUAGGGUGCAAUUAAUGAAGGACAUGUUUUAUUUGUACAAGUACAUUCUCAAAGACCAAAAGUUGGCUCUAAGUACAGGAAUCUUUUCAGCCAUACCGGUGGCUACAAGGAUAAUUCAUGACUCUAAAUACCUCAUCAAAGAGUAUUGUGGUGAGUUUCCUUUAAAAGUGGAAUUAGGCUUGGAAGGAAUGUUAAAUCUUUAUUGUACAAUUUCAUUGAGAAGCAAUGAAGAUGCUGAUGAAGAAGGUUCAAGGAAAGCAAUGCCACCAUAUGAGUGUGUCACAUUGAAAAACAAUGCCACAAUUGAUGAGCUAAAGCUAGAAGUGGAAAGGAAUUUCAAGGAAAUGUAUUGGGGAUUGAGAAGCUUUGUUGUGGAAUCAGUAUUGAAUUUGAAUGCAAAGGGGACAGAUUUGGUUUUUGGGCACGUUGAAGUGGGUCAUAAACUCGUUUUCAAAGGGAGCAUCAAAGAGCAAGGAGUUAUUAUCGGUGAGCAAAUACAUGAAUGUGGACUUACAAACCAUGUUGUGGAUUGUCCUUGUGGAGCCAAAGAUGAUGAUGGUGAACGAAUGGUUUCAUGUGAUAUUUGCGAAGUUUGGCAGCACACUCAGUGUGUUCGGAUUCCAAAUAAUGAAGAAAUUCCACACAUAUUUUUAUGCAACCGAUGCGAGCAUGGUAUCGUACUGUUACCUUCUCUACCAUAG